AUGGAGAAAGGCAUUAAGAUUUUUGCUGAGAACACAGGAGAUACAAACAUGCAGGCGAUGCAGAUCACUGAAAAGACGAAAAUCGGAAAUGCAAAAUCAGCUAAUGACGGACCUGUUGGGCGCGUGAGCAAAGUUAUCAACUUCGACUCCAUAAGAGAGGGACCUGAUCCGGUAGUGGAUUUGCAAGCCUUUUUCCUGCGAAAGCUAACAGGCAACAUUGGAACAUCAGCAUCGCCAACCCGUGAGAAGCGCGAAAGUGUACGAGAAUCAGCGCUGUACACAUGGGGACGCGGGGACACGCGACAUAAUUCAAUUACGUAA